GCAGUCUCCAUUAAUGAUGCACUGUGGGAUUGCUGAAUAUUGACAUAGCAACCAACCGACAGAGCCACCAAGUGUUUUUUUCCACUCCGUAUUAAGUUUUUGAUUUCUCUUCUGCAUUUUAACAACUCAACGUUACUCAAGACCGCUGCCAUGAAUGGGGCAGUGGCGAAAAAGACCCAGGACACGCUGGGAAAAGUGAUAAAGAAACCUCCUCUCACGGAGAAACUGCUAAGCAAGCCGCCGUUUCGAUACCUCCACGACAUCUUCAGUGAGGUAAUCAGAACGACUGGUUUUAUGAAAGGACUGUAUGGAGAGAAUGAAAUGAAGUCAGAUAAUGUCAAGGACAAGGACUCUAAGAUAGUCUUCCUCCAGAAAGCGAUAGAUGUCGUGAUGCUGGUUAGUGGCGAACCCCUCGCGGCGAAACCAGCACGCAUUGUGGCCGGCCAUGAGCCUGAGAAAACUAAUGAGCUGCUGCAGGCCAUGGCCAAGUGCUGCCUCAACAAGCUGUCUAGUGAGGAAGCAGUGAAGCGAGUGCUUGCAGGAGAAAAAGUGGACAUGAAGACCAAGGCCAGCACAUCCAGGUCCCAGGACAAGGAGAACAGGGAAGGACGGGAACGUCACCUGGAUAGAGAGGAGAAGAAAAAGACCAUAGAGCGCAGCGGGAGCCGGGACCAGAAGGACCCAGACCAACCCAAAGAGCAGGAGAGCCGACGUAGAGAUGGGGAAAAAGAGCACCACCAUGACAGGGAGCGCUCUGACAAGCACCACCGCAGCGAACAGGACCACGGCAAAGACCGCGAAAAAGACAAGAGCCGCGACAGGGAGCGUGACAAGGACAGAGACAAAGGACGAGUAAAAGACAAGGACAGAGAGAAGGAUAGAGAGAGGGAUCGAGAAAGGGAAAGAGACAAGGAGAGAGACAAAGACAGAGAAAAAACGAGAGACAGAGAUUCUCACAGAGACCGGGAAAGAGACAAACGAAGAGAAAAAGACAAAGAGCGGGGGAAAGAGAGAGAGCGACACAAAGAGGGCGAAGAGAGGAACAGAAGCGGGAACAGCAAGUCCAGAGUAUCAGAGGAACCGCAGCAAAAACCCUCCCCCGAAGAGCCCAGCAAAACAGCCAAACCUGUGCCAGCGCCUGCAGAGGCAGUUGAGAACCAGUCUGACAGUCCAGCUAGAAUACCUCGGCCUUCAUCUGCCAAAGGGCAGAGGCGGAGACCUAAAAUUGGAGGUCAAGAUGAAUCUGACAGUGAUGGAGACGGAGAUGCUCAGUUAGCCCAGAGAUCUGUCCCCCUGGAAAAUGGAGACGCUGCAGGCUCCUCAGUGCCAUCCGACAUGGCCUCCAGCAACAGGCGGAUACCACGGCCCAGCAGUGCUCGUCCAGCACCUCCACGAGUCAAGAGACAGGAGAGUUACUCUGAUGUGGCCCCAGCUGAGAGGCUGUCUAGUGCCAAGCCCUCCGCACCAGUCAUCAUGGAUGGGAAGAAGCUGUCCGAAGACGAGGAGGAUGAAGAUGAGCAAUUUCUCGUGGAGGAGGCAGUCCCUCCACCCUCAGAUGCUCCUGAGAUGGAGGUGGCACCUGCACAAGAACUCAACGGUGAAGAGAAACACGGUGGCCUUGUGAAAAAGAUCCUUGAGACCAAGAAAGACUACGAAGUGUCACCAUCCUCCCCCAAAUCUAAAGAUCAGAACUUGGUGUCUGAAGCAGCGCGGAAGAAAGAGCGGGACCUGGUGACGCGGGAGAUCGAGCGGCUCCGCUCGUCCAUCCAGACGGUGUGUCGCAGCACCCUGCCUUUGGGUAAGAUCAUGGACUAUAUCCAGGAGGAUAUGGAUGCCAUGCAAGCUGAAUUGCACACCUGGCGGCGGGAGAACAAGGAACAUGCACAGGCCUUGCUGCAAGAGCAGAGAGCGACAGACCGGGCGGUGGAGCCUCUCAAGGCAGAACUAGCUGAGCUGGAGCAGCUGAUCAAGGACCAGCAGGACAAGAUUUGUGCCGUAAGAUCCAACAUACUGAAGAAUGAAGAAAAGAUCCAGAAGAUGGUAACUGGAAUCAACUUCUCUUCCAGAACCUGACGUGAGAAACGAGACCUAGAAACAUAAACUUUUCUAUAAAUGCACUGAAGAUGUAGGGGUGAACUUCAGAAUAAUUCAGUAAGACCAUUUUUCUUGCAGAUGACGUAGGCUGGAACAACACUGCACUUUCAGGGGGGGUUUUGUCAGAACAGGAGAUGGACCCAAACAUAUACAUACACACCCAAACUGGGAAAUAAACAUCAUCAGUCAGAUUUUGGCGAAUAACAGCUUCCAUACGAUGGUCUGGAGGUGUAGCGCUAUUCUGGCUGAUGAAGUGGAAAAAGUGUAUAGUGACGUUAGAGAUGUAUCAACUGCUGUGACUGACAUAAAUAGAUGAAUAAAUAAAAUAAAAAAUCCCCCCAGCGCUGAACACUAACCAACCCUGUCUUUUACCCCUUUUCUAUAACGGUGCCUUUGCAGAAUGAGUCAGUGCACAACUCUUGACUUGGAAGUCGUAUUUAAUGCGUGGUCAGUUCAUCAAAAGCCCUACACAUUCCAAAAUGAACAAUAAUUAACAUGUUUGGACCAAGUUUCUCAGAGUGUGGCACACCUUUUUUUUUGUCUUGUGUGUUGCCUCGUGUGAUUUUUCCUGGUCGUGAGGACUUUGAACUUUGCUGCCGCAGUGAAUAGAACGUGCAGUUUGAUUGGAGUAGUAAGCAGACUACUCCAAUCAAACAUUAAUAAAAUAUUCUUGUGGCACCUGCAGCUAGUUGAACACAGGAGGAAAGUUCAAAUACAUUUUCUAGGUCUUGACAGGAGAGAUCUACAUAUAAGACUUAUGUGCGGGGUCCCGGUGGCCUAGUUGACUGAAAUGUGUAUCACUGUGGUAGGUUUGAAUUUGUUUUAGGACCUUUUUCAUGCCAUACUGAUCUUCCAAACCUUUUUUUCUUUGAAGCUACUUAACCCAACCUGCCCUUUAGCUAUUUUUCACAGCAAUACUUGCCGUUUAUCUAUACGUUUCAUUCACUGUUCCACUUUUGAAGCACCGCAGCACUUUGAGUAGGAGAGGUACCUUUUGCUUGUAGAAAGCUUUUUGGCAACAAAGCAGUGUUAGAAUUUUUUCCUUCUCUCUCUUAUACUUAUCUUAUAAAACAUAACGUAGGCACAGUAAUAUUAUGUACUUUCAGGGAAAAGUAAGCUUGUAUCUAUUGUCCUUGAGUUGACGUACAGGAUAGCCACCGUCGUGGAGGUCCCGCCACUCGAUUUGUACUGCAGGAUUUGCCAAACUGUUCUGUUUUUUGUGAUGGAUACUCAAUGUUUGGUUAGAUGGAAACUUUGUGUGUGAACUUUAAAUUUUUUAAUGGUAGAGUCAGUGAUUCUGGAGAAAGAAGUGACUCUACAGCUGACGCAUUGCCCUGGAUAC